UAGUGGAGCAAUUCCCUCAUUUUCACAGACUUCACCCUCGUCGUCUACUUGGGACAGCAGCGGAGCGGCGAAGGAGUCGACUCCGGUAAAGCGUGUUACUGAGGAAGAGUGGCCACUAGUCAAAAGAAGCCGUUCCGGCCCAGAUGCUGGUGAUGGCUUCGCACAGUCGUCUGGUACUCAACCACACGUCUUCAGAGGUGGCCUGCAGUGGCGUGGUCCAAGCACUUACAGAAUGUACUGUUUGCAGCAAGAUGAGGGUGGUGACAAAGAUCGGCAGGCCCUGGACAUGUUCUGCUACCAGGAGGAAGACACGGCGGAGAUUGUGUUCCGACCGAAGCGUUUGACCUGCGCCUCGCAGCCUACCGCACCAACGCGCGCUCAGCGCGUGCGACGGCGGCUCAGUCGUUGGGCGCCCCGUUCUGCUGCCGCACAUUCCUCGGAGAUGUCGCUGACGACAGCGCCCAUCGUUCCUUUGCUGUCCAAACGGUGGCCGUAUUCGGUUCCACCAAAGGUGGGGCUGGUGGACUCGCAUUGCCACCUGGACUUCAUAUUCAGCCGAGUAGGCCACACCGGAACGUAUGCCAAGUUCCGCCUCAAGCACAGGGACACCUUCCCGGACUGCUACGAGGGCUGCGUGGCCAACUUCUGCAACCCGCAAACCUUCAAGCUGCGCCACAUGUGGGGCAGCCUCCUGUCGGAGGAUGGUGUCUGGGGUGCGUUUGGAUGCCAUCCACACAUGGCCAGCGAGUACAGUGACGACAUCGAAGAUGACCUCGUUCAUGCGCUUGACCAUCCCAGCGUGGUCGCCCUCGGAGAGAUUGGCCUCGAUUACUCGCACAAGAACCAGUGUGACCGCGAUGUACAGAAGACUGUCUUCCGGACGCAGCUGAAGCUAGCUUUGAAUCGUAAGCUGCCCCUGGUGAUCCACUCACGGGACUCGACCAAGGACACCAUCGACAUUCUCAAAGAGCUGGUGCCAAAGGACUACCUGAUUCACCGUCACUGCUUCACGGGGAACUGGCGAGAGGCACAGGAGUGGCUUGACGCAUUCCCGAACCUGUGCUUGGGCCUGACUCCGCUGAUCUGCUUUGACAGGACGAGUUCACUCGCCGAGGUCGGCCGCAACAUUCCCCUUGACCGGUUGCUGCUGGAGACAGACGCACCUUACUUCCUCCCAAAAGAAGAGUCGAGAAACCUUCGCUGUUCGCACCCCGGAAUGGCCAUACACGUUGCAGCACGGGUUUCAGCCCUUCAAAAAGUUUCCAUCGAAGACGUGCUCACUGCGGCCCGCAGUAACACGAAGCGCAUCUACGGCAUAUGACGUCACCGACGUUGCCGCAUCGACCUCGCGUGGCAUGCGGCACUUCUCUGAAUCUGUGUCCCAAAGGCAAAGAAGCUGUGAUAGCUACGUUCACAAGGGACCUGCUCAUCUUGAAACAUCAACUACGUUGUCCCCUUUUCAUGGCAAGAGACUCGUUUUUUUUGUUGAGUUGUUGAUGUAACAGUUGUGCUUUAGUCAGUACAAAGAAUUAAACUAUGGAGGCACAAGCCUGCCUGCCUUGUUAA